AUGACUACAGACGUUUGUGCUUCCUGUGUUGUGGAAGAUGACCCCGCCUUACCCGUCGUUUCAACCUCCGGCCGGAAGUGGCUUGGGAUUGGAGUCUCUGGCAUCGUGUACCCUCUCGACGAAGACACUGUCGUCAAGGUCGCUCCGACAUGGGAUAGCGAUUACGCCACCAACGAAAGUCUUGAUGAUCUUCAGAUAGAGAGGCUUGUGUAUCAGCAUCUGGGGACCCAUCCCCGAAUAUGUCGAUAUAUCUCAUCUGUUCAACGAGGAAUCGUUCUCGAGAGGUUUGGCGAUCCGCUGCGAAAACGGCUAGUAGAGCUUCAUGGGCGAAAUGAGUCUCCUUCACACAGUCAGGCCCUGAAAUGGUCAAUGCAAGUGGCAGAAGGCCUGGCGUACCUACACCGGAAAAAUGUCGUGCAAGGUGAUAUCGGCUGCCACAAUAUACUUUUGAAAUCCGACGAGGUCAAGUUGUGCGAUUUUGGCGGCUCCUCGAUUCACGGGAAACCAGCCAAAGUCGGUUACCAAUGCCGAUCUCAACGUUGGGACGAUACUCAUGAAAGUCCAUCUAUUCAAGCCGAGCUAUUCGCACUCGGCUCCACCAUCUACGAAAUCUGGACGACCACAAGGCCUUUUCAAGACGAGCCCGACGACGUAGUCGAGGAGAAAUACAAAUGCCAGCGCUUUCCGGACGUCGAAGCCCUUCCAGUAGCCGGCAUCAUCAAAGGGUGCUGGUAUGGAACUUAUGAUUCUGCAGAUGAGGUUGUCACCGCCCUCAAAUCACUCCAGACCGAACGAACGGUAGCCCCCAACUUCACUAAUGUCAACAAUUGGACAAUAUUUGCUACAUUUGCCUGCGUCGUCACAGCCUGCACUCUAGCAUUGUGGCUCAAGCCACAUGCAGCUGUAGGCACUUUUCGAAAGAAUCGGUUUCAACGGUAUUUCUGGGGACGUUAG